UGUUGACCAAUGAUGUGUAGGUGUUAGUGGUUUCGCAGCCCUGACAGGAAGAUUUAAGUGCUCUCGAGUUCCCUGUUCAGUACGUGUGCGCUGUUUCUCAUGAUAAGCACAUCGCGGUUGCGCUCGUUCAGUUGAAGCUUCACGCACGUUCAUCAGAGACACCGAUCACAGAUUCAUACCACAGAAACCAUGGAGGACGAUGAAUAUUAUUUCGGUUUUUUUUACAAUGACUCCAGCCAGUUGAUGGUAGAAGAAUCGUAUGUCACAAGCGGUGAAGUCAUUUUGUGCGAGAAAACUGAGGUGAACGGUUUCGGCGCCGCGCUUCUCCCGACAUUAUACAGCAUAAUCUUCGUGCUGAGUUUGGUGGGGAACGGACUGGUGCUGUGCAUCAUCUACAAAUACGAGAAGCUCAGCACCGUCACCAACGUAUUCCUUCUCAACCUGGUCAUUUCAGACCUGAUCUUCGCCUUCACUCUUCCUUUCUGGGCAGAGUACCACCGCUCCGAAUGGAUCUUCGGCAAAGCCAUGUGCAAGCUGGUGGGCAGUUUUUACUCCAUCGGCUUCAACAGCUCCAUCCUCUUCCUCACGCUCAUGACCUUCGACCGCUACCUGGCGGUGGUCCAUGCCAUCGCGGCGGCCCAGAGCAGGAGGAUAGUGUACGCUUUCUGCUCCUCCGCUGCCGUCUGGUUCAUCAGUAUAUUGGCCAGCGUGAAGGAUAUGUUUUUGUUUAACGUGCAGAACAGUUCGGAUGGGAUGCUGUGUGAAGUGACCGGUCACGCCCAGAACAUCAUCCAAAAGUGGCAGCUGAUCGGGCAUUAUCAGCAGUUUCUACUUUUCUUCACCGUUCCUCUCCUCGUGGUCCUAUACUGCUACUUUCGCAUCUGCAUCAGGAUCAUGUCCACUCGCAUGGCGGAGAAGUACCGGGCGGUCAAACUCAUCCUCUUCAUCGUUUCCUUCUUCUUCGUCUGCUGGACGCCGUACAACAUGGUCAUCCUGCUGCAAGCCAUCGACAUGUCCUUUGGAGACAAAUCGAAGUGUUCGAAUGGUCUCGACUAUGCCCUGUACGUAACGCGUAACCUUGCCUACAUGUACUGCUCCAUCAGCCCUGUCUUAUACACCUUUUUGGGAAAGAAAUUUCAAAACCAUUUUCUGAAACUUCUGGCCAAGCAUGUACCAUGUCUUAAGAUGACCGUAAUGUCGACACAAAGCAGCAGAACCACAUCCUUCAGAACCCCAAACACUGAAUAUUUGGCACGUGUGACUGGUUCUGGUUCGACUGGUACGUUCUGAAACGUGUUAUUUGAGCAUGUAAAAAGCAACUGCUACCUUUCUGAAGAAAGGACAAACGUUACCAACGUGUAAUGUUUUCCGUGCAUGAUUCAUUAAAAAGGUUUCACGAUGCCAUAGAAGAACCACUUCAGGCUGAAUGGUUCUAUGAAGAACCUUUGACAUCCGAAGUCCCUUAAAGGUUCUUUGUUGUGGAAAAAGGCUCUUUAGGCUAUACAUAAAGAAAGAAAUUUUGAUCUUUUAUGGCAUUGCUGUGCAGAGCUCUUUUUUAAGAGUGUAUGAAUCACUGCUGUUCAAACCUACUGAAUAGGUUUUAUUUACAUUAUGCUGAGAAUGUAUUGUGCUUGAUUAUCAAUUUUAGCUAAUCGCAUUAAUAAUUUUUUUUCAUAAUUUUUCAUUGCUGCAAAGCAGCUCUAUAGAACACACAUUAUUAAACAGACAAUAUAGAAUAUAAACAAUAUAAAAACAAUAUAAUUACAAAAAACAGAAAAAGUAUUGAAUACAUUGUAUUAUAGCAUAUGUGACCCUGGACAACAAAACCAGUCUUAUGGGUCAAUUUUUCGAAAUUGAGAUUUUAACAUAAUCUGAAAACUGAAUAAAUAAACUUUCUAUAGAUAUAUGAGUUGUUAGAAUAGGACAAUAUCUGGCUGAGAUACAACCGUUUAAAACUCAGUAAUCUGAGAGCGCAAAAAAAUCAAAAUAUUGAGAAAAUUGCCUUUGAAGUUGUUAAUCAGGGGCACUGUGGCAGACCAUCCACUCACAAAAAUAAAGUUUUUAUAUAUUUAAGGUAGGAAAUUUACAAAAUAUCUUCAUGGAACAUGAUCUUUACUUAAUAUCUUAAUGAUUUUUGGCAUAAAAGAAAAAUCUAUAAUUUUGACCCACACAAUGUAUUUUUGUCUUUUACUAAAAAUGUUCCCGUGCUACUUAAGACUGGUUUUGUGAUCCAGUGUCACAUAUAUUGUUAGAUAGAAAAAAUCUAACAUAAUAUGUACAUUAGCAACAUUAUAUGUAGGAAUAAUUGUCUGUUGGGUUUGAAUUGUUAUUCUUUGCUCCGUGGUUAAUGUAUGUAAUGUAUAUGUAAAUAUUCCUUCGCAAAUAUUCCUUAGACGUUGUAAACAUUUUAAAGUUAUGAUGAAAAUGCUUUUUUUGAACACGUCUGGGAUGCAACAUUAUAAUUGUAACAAACACAGUGCUUUGUGAAACUUGCCUUUGGGUUCCUGUGCAAUGUACAGAAACCAGAUGUCUCCUUACUUAUGUAUAAUGUGCUAAAUAUAUUACCUUGUUUCAAACGUAUUUCUUUGUUGUAUAUGUUAAAUGCACUGUUUUAUAUUGCAGUUUGAUUGCUGGCCUAUGAUGAAUAAAAAAAAAGAAGAGUAUAACAGGAACUUCCUGAUAUCUUUCAGUUAUUUUUGGUGACUUGUUUGUGGAACACAUUUUCUCACCUUUCAAAAGCUUCAGACGAGCAAACUUCCUGCCAUCUAAAUAGGUAAAUGUACCUGUAUCCUGUUGAUCAAACUGAUAUGAUCAGAUCUUCAUUUCAAGCAUAAAUCUAUGGAGCAUGUUUG